UUCCUAUCUUCAUCUAUAUUGUAGUCAUUGGUUUGUUUUCAUUGUUAAGUUUAUUGAUUUCAAAAAUUACAAAAAAUGGUUAUUAUAAAUUCAUUUAAAUAUCCGGAAUCAGAUAUUAAGUACCAGAAAGAAAAUAUUCGAGUUGUAUUAGAAAAAAAGGAUCUUGGAAACGGAACCCUGUAUGUUAGUGAGCAAACUUUAUGUUGGCAACGGAACGGGGAUGUUGGUCUAACGAUAGAGUACCCCAAUAUAGUAUUACAUGGUAUCUCGAAAGAUGAUUCUGUUUACCCAGGAGAAUGUGUUUAUGUAGUGGUUGCAGGAAAGAUUCAUAUGCCAGGGGAAGAUCCUUCAUCGCCUGAUGCAGAUGACAGUGAUGCAGCUGACAGUGAAGAUAGUUAUUGUGAAGUAUCACAUGAGUGUUCAGAAUUAUUAUUAGUACCAAGUUCAACUAAUGAUGAUACUGAAGUUGUCAGACAGCUUUACGAGGCUAUAAUGCACUGUCAGGAAUUGAAUCCUGAUCCUGCCAUGGAUAUGGAUGAUGACAGCACAAAUGAAGAUGACAAUCUCUACGAAGACGCUGAAGCUGAACUGAAUGAGGAGAAUGAAAUUAUGGAAAGAGGUGGAGGUGAUGCUGAUGUAGAUGACCUCACAAGAAGAAUCCGUGACAAUUUCCAUGACAUUCAAAUUACGACAACAAAUGGACAUGAUGAAGAAGAGGAAUUUCAAGAUGCUGAUUAGAAUUAGUUUUUUGUACUUUUGUAUUUAUUGAUGUCUGAUUGGUAGUCAUAUUUAUACCAAUUUUAAAUCAUGUGCUUCAAUAAAGAAAAGCAAAAAUGUA